GCGCAGGCCGCGGUCGCCGCCGCCUUCCUGCCCGGCCCGCCUAUGCUGCACGCGCCGCCCGGUUUCCCGCAGAUCAAGGGCCCCUACAGCCCGACGGCGCAGCCCCACUUGACAGCGGUGCGACAAUUUUAUUCAGGUGUAUCGUCUCUGGAAGCGGCCAAGGACUUCACAGUGGACGGCCUCACAGCCUACAACGGCAAGAAGAAGAAGAAAAAACGCAGGCACAGCCGCACGAUCUUCACGUCGUACCAGCUGGACGAACUGGAGAAGGCGUUCAAGGACGCGCACUACCCCGACGUGUACGCUCGCGAGAUGCUCUCCCUCAAGACAGACCUGCCCGAAGACAGGAUACAGGUGUGGUUCCAGAACCGGCGCGCGAAAUGGCGCAAGACAGAGAAAUGCUGGGGGCGGUCUACCAUCAUGGCGGAGUAUGGACUGUAUGGUGCCAUGGUGCGUCACUCGCUGCCCCUGCCCGAGACCAUCCUGAAGAGCGCCAAGGAGAACGAUUCAGUCGCGCCCUGGCUACUCGGCAUGCACCGCAAAUCGCUGGAGGCGGCGCAGCACCUAAAGGAGUCGGGGUCGGAGCGCGAGGGCUCCGAGGCGGAGGGCGAGCGCCCGCUGUCUGCUUCGCCGCACCGCCCCGACCGCGCAGACCGCCCCGACCUACAAGACCACCAGGCGCAAAGCUCUCCGGGCGGCAGCAGCACGACCGCGUCGUCUUCGGCCAAGGGGCGCGCAUCCCCCGAGCCGGGCCGGGAGCCCUACGAGGACCACGAGGCAUUCCGCAAUAACAGCAUCGCCUGCUUGCGCGCUAAGGCGCAGGAACACCAGGCGCGGCUGCUCUCCAACAAUCUCCUGCUGCAGUUCAAGGUCCUGGAGCAGCACAGCCGGCGGCUUCACGAGGACUGGCGGCUCCAGGUGCGAGGCUUGCAGCGAGCGGGCGCGGCUGCCAUGGCGGGUGCGGGUGCCGGGGCUAUGAGUGUUGCGAUGGGGGGCACGCUGGGGGGUGCGUGCGCGGGCGCCGGCAGCGAGGACGAGGGUCCGCUGGACAUCGACGUGGGCACGGAGCCGCCUCCUCCCGCGCGCCUCUAUUGACCGCCCGCCGCGCACCCCGCACACCCCUCACACACCAUGCCGCACUAAAGCGGGAACUAGAAACGACAUCAUUAUUCGUUAUCGUUGGCAACAUCGACGUCAUCAUUUCGGGGUGGCAGGAAUGCAAACGUUGUGUUGUCCGUACAAUCUAGUACUUUCUAUUUCAUUGAUAAACUUCCUUUCGAUAAAACGUGAUCUGAAUGUACUUAUUCUCUAUUUGUACUUAAAGCUGUUGGUUCGGAAGACAACAAGAAGUCAAACUUCUAUUACUUCGGUGUGCAGGUUUAUUUGUGCGUGCGUUAAGUAGCGGUUAAUAAAGUGAUUAAUUAAAUAGCAAUAUCUUGUUAUCUAAAAGAUUUGCUGUAAACGAACUUAUAAUAAAGUGUAAAUCUAUAUAUUUCAUAAAACUGAAGAGAAAAUGUUUGUGUCGCCUAAUUUAUAAGUAUGUUAGUGUACGCGGCGGCCGCAGCGCAGCGCCGCCGCGUGCAUUUCACUCGUCGUGCAAUACGUUUAGUUAAGUAUUUAUGCGUUUAGGCAGUUGUGUCAGAGAUGUACAAAGUUCAGUCGCACCUAGCUACAGUGCGCCACAGAGUAAACAACCUGCCGUUAUAUCUAUUGCUAUGUUCACACUAUGACAGUUCGCUUGCAUGCUUGCGGCGUGCAUGAAGUCGCUACCAGACUAAAAUUAUUCGCGGCCUAAUUUUACUAAAUCAUUUUAGUAAUUUACGGCUAUUAUUGUUCUACAAUUAAUAUAUAGUACCUAUAUGUAAAUCACUUAUAUUGCUUUUUGACAUGUUAGAAGAUCCUGAUUCAUAGCAUCUGAUUACCGAUUGUCGCGCGUUGUAGCGUUGUUUACUUUGUGGCCUCGUUGACUAGCUGUAAGUCUACGUCACUAUUGACUUGUAAAUGUAACUAGUGUAGUGAAAUCGGUACUAAAUAUGUAGUAUUGUAUAAGCAUGGUUUUGGCAAUCAAAGAAAUUGUCAUCUUGUCUCGUCUUGUAAAUUAUCCGGUGGCUGUCGACGAAUUGAACAAUUUGUACAUUUUUAUGUAAAAUUCUAAUAUUAGGUGCAAUGUGACUAUUCUAAUAAGGCAGUAGUGAAAAUAGCAAAUUAAGCAAUUAAUUUAACUACAACAAAAAUGCAGCUUCUGUUUGUUUGCCACUAAGGGAUAGACGAUACAAUUUUUAGCUUCAAAUAAAAACAUUUUGAAUUAAAAAAACAAAAGUGUUGCAGAGAAGUAGUCCUAAAAUUAUUGCAGGCAAAGUUAUUAAU